AUGCUUGGGAUCAGUCUGAGGGAUACAGUGCGGAAUGAGAACAUUAUACAAAGAACCAAAGUCACCGAUAUCAUGGAGCUUGUCGCACACCUUAAUUGGCAAUGGGUUGGUCAUGUAGCCAGACAAAACCGGAAAUGGACGAAAAAGUUAAUUCAAUGGAGACCCAGAGAAACAAGGAGGACCAUAGGUAGACCUCCAAAGAUGAAAAGACGAUGUGAAGAGAACAGCGGGCACCGAUUGGCAGCAAACCGCUCAAGACAGAAAUGCAUGGAAGAGAUUGGAAGAGGCUUAUGUCCUGCAGUGGACAACGAAGAAGAACAAGAAGAAGAGAUUCACUGGAAGCGUGCUCAAGGUAAGAAUGGCUAG